AUGGAAGGCGGCGAUAACAGUUUGUAUCGCGUGUUGAACAAAACACUACGCUCUGAAAAUCGUCGUGAGGUCGUACCCUGGUUUGGAUUCCUUAAAUUAUUCGAUACAGCUCUCUCCAAACUGCCGGCCGUCCAAGAAUGUGUUUGGCGAGGUGUAGCUGGAGAUAUUAGUCAACAAUUUAAAGAAGGUGAUAAAUUAACAUGGUGGAGUAUAAGUUCUUGUUCGGUAUCUUUGAAAGUCGUACAGGAUUUUCUGGGAUCGGAAGAGAACGCCACUCUAUUCAUGAUCGAAGUCAAAAAUGCCAAAAAUAUCAAUGGUUACACAAAUUACCCUGAUGAACAGGAAGUUUUAUUGCGACCAGGAACUCAAUUACGUGUGAAAGACAAUGCUUUGCAUCAUAAAGGUGGUUUACAUGUUGUUCACUUGGCUGAAGUAUGUGAUGGUCAUGAAGCACAAUUGCCAAACGCUAUGGCCUCUCUGAACUUAUCAUCAAAAUCAGAAAACAAAAGUGCUUCCAAGAAUGAACAUUCGGCAUCGGCAUCGGCAUCGGCAUCUGCUUCAAUUUCAACGCCACAAGCAACAAAGAAACAAUCAUCAUCUAGUAAGUAUAAUUUCAUGACAGAUGCUUUCGCGACAUUUUCUUCUAGAAUAGUUGCUCCCAUCCCCACACCUACAUCGCAAUAUGUUUUGGAGAUAUUUUUUCUAACUAUAUUAACUAGACUAUGUAUCAUUUUAUUAGUAUUUUAAUUAAUUUGUGUAAUAUCUUGUUCUUGCAAAGAACAUCCUGAGACAUAAAAUUAAUAAAAGAAAAUUUUUAGAAGAAAAGAUAUUUUUUCGUUCUUUUUAAACAUUUUAACACAAGAGAGGAAAAGAUAACUUAUUUGCAUUAGAAUGUUUAAAAAGAACGAAAGAAUUUCUUUUCCCCUAAGAAUUUUUUUUACUGAUUUUGAGUAAGAGACUGUUCUUUGUAACAGCGAAACGUUACACAAAUUAAUUAAAAUACUAAUAAAAUCAUUGAUAGUUUAGUUAUUAUAGUUUUUACAAUUUUAAAUCUUAAAGUAUCAAAUGAUAUACAAUCUUUCUAAUUUCUUCCCGAACUAUUGAGAUAAUCUUUUAUUUUUAAUAUCCAUAGAGGCAUCUAUAAGAUCCAAUUGUAGAUGCAAUGUAUAGAUGACUCUUUUUUAAGGCACACAACAAUCAACAGCAGCAGCUACUUCGGCUUCGGCAGUACAACCGAAAAACAGCAAAUCAUCUUCUGGUAAGUCUUUGACUAAAAAAAACUACUCUUCUUAUCUUAGUUAAUUUUUGAGCCGAUAUACGUUGACAAAAGAGAGAUAGAUUCUAUUUUCGAAAGAAAUCAAGAAUAAUUUUCAUAAUUUUUUUAUCUGUGUGAAAAUUUAUAAUAGUUUAGUCUGCGUUUAUUGUUAUGAGUUUUACAUUUAGUCUAAGUCAGUCACUUGAGACUGUCAUGCAAAUAUUUUCUUAAUUUAUCUCUUUCAAUCACGUAUAAGAAAAUUCCAUUGCUUCAUUAAUGUGUCGUUACUUAACUUUUAUAUCAUUACGUUGUAUAUUGCAAAAUAUUUCAAUAGAAUGAUGGUGAUAAUCAAUAUUUUUAAGUUACUUGACUGAAUAUUCUUUUAGACUCAUCGAAAACAGGUCCAUCGAGCAAUAUGCCUGCUUACAACUAUGUAUUUGUCAAAUAAUCUUAUAUUAUGUCUGGACUAGGUGAGUUAUUUUCAAUCGCGCAAAAUAAUCAAACAAGAUUCUUGUUAUAGUUA